GUCAAGGGGGUGUUAAUGCAGCUAACACUGUCUCUAGUCUGCUUGUCAUUUCUACUUUGCAAGCAGGCUGAGUGAGUGAAUGACAUAGAAAGCUGAUGUGGAAAAGACAUGAUUGGACACUCAUUGGCUUUGUGAUUGUCAAGAACACAGCAUAGAGAUGGCAGCCGAGGCAAAUUAAAGCAGGGGAGAAUAAAGGAAGAAAACAAAAGGAACAGAUUUUAUGACAAGAGCUGGAUCAUCACUCAGGCUCACAAAGAUUUAUAGACUCAUAAAAUAUAAAUUAUAAAUCUGUCUGAGCAUUCUAGGAUUUAUUGGAAUGUUGCAACAUGGCUACAAAUUUCAAUGAUAUUGUGAAGCAAGGAUAUGUGAGAAUGAAAAGCCGUAAGCUUGGGAUUUAUCGCAGAUGCUGGCUAGUUUUCAAGAAAUCAUCUAGUAAGGGACCACGGCGCCUUGAAAAAUACCCUGAUGAAAAAAUUGCCUACCUCAGAGGAUGUCCAAAGGUGACUGAGAUUAGUAAUGUGAAGAAUGUAAUCCGAGUGCCGAAGGAGACGAAGAGGCAAGCAGUGGCCAUUAUCUUUAAUGAUGAUACAUCUCGGACCUUCAGUUGCGAUUCAGAGUUAGAAGCAGAAGACUGGCACAAAAUACUGUCUGUCGAGUGUCUGGGUUCCAGAAUCAAUGACAUCAGCCUGGGAGAGCCAGAUUUGUUAGCAGCUGGAGUGCAGUGUGAACAAAUAGAGCGAUUCAACGUGUUUCUACUGCCGUGCCCGACCCUUGAUAUCUAUGGUGAGUGUAUGAUGCAGAUUACACAUGAAAACAUCUACCUCUGGGACAUCCACAACCCUCGCACAAAGCUUUUCACUUGGCCUCUUUGUUCCUUGCGACGCUAUGGGCAUGAUGCUACUAGAUUCACAUUUGAGGCUGGAAGGGUAUGUGACAGAGGAGAAGGGCUGUACACCUUUCAGACCCGAGAAGGCGAACAGAUUUACCAGCAGGUCCAUACUGCCACCCUGGCCAUUGCAGAGCAACACAGGCGUGUACUAAUGGAGAUGGAGAAGAAUGCCAGACUGCUGAACAAAGGCUCUGAGCAUUAUUCAUACCCAUGUACCCCCACAGCAGUUCUACCACGCAGUGCCUUCUGGCAUCAUAUCACUGGAAACCAGAGCAGUUCACCCAGCUGUAAUGCAGAGAGUUACGCUGGAGCACACGCCAAGUCAGAGACAGACCUAUAUCCUACACGACUGUUACUUGACCAUCCAGAUGUCUCCAAGCCAAACUGCAGCAGAGUAACCCAAAACUUCCCAGCUCAGUGAUGCGACACAAAUUACAUUUCACCAGUUCUGGGACUCCCAAGUAAAGGGUUUGGUUUUGAGAGUUUCGCACUGCACUAAUUCACAUGGUGCUCCAUUCUGCAAGGAUUUCUGAUGGUUGUGGAUAAAUGACCCAAACAAAGUGACACCACUGACGGCCAAAAUAGCUACCCAUUGGACAACAGAGUGGCACGACUACUGUCAGCUACCCGCUGGACAUGCAGCACUAGAGGGGCAGCAUCAUUUGAACAAGGAAACUUUGCAAGGGCACUCAGAACUUUUUUGUCCAAGAACACAGUGAAAAUGAACUUGCUAUUUAACAUAAUUUUUAAUUGUUUCAGUGUUCAUAGGGUUGGAAGACUUCUAACCAACAGACAGUUCUAUUAAUCAUGUUGAAGACAACCAUCAGAAAUGUUAAAAUUAUGAAAAGCUGGCAGAUAGAAAGACUAGUGGGAAAAACUGACUCAUUUGCAGUGCUUAAUUCCUUGAUAUCUGGAAUGUAUGACCCAGCUCCUUUUUGAUGAUAUACACCUGGAAGGUGAUGCUUUGUGCUGGCUGUGUUUGUAACAGUAUUUAAAAUAACUGAAGGUACCUGACAAUGUUAAAUAGACUUACACUGUGUUGAUCAAACUGAAUACUUUUUUUUGUACUUCUGGCCAUGAGAAGAUGUUACAGACCCAAGAGUAGAAAGAGCGGUCGGGAAAUUCCGUCCAAGUCACAGUUUCAUUCAUGCUUCUCUCUCCUAAAGCCAAAUUGCACUUCUUGGAACUGUUGUGUUGAAAACAAAAUGCCAGCUCAGGAGAACUUUGAGUUAGGAUUACAGUAUCAGAAUAUGCACAAAUGUAGCAAUCUUGCAUUUUUGUUUGUAUUAUAGAAUAGCAUCUGAAAUGCAUUUGGCUAUCUCCUGCUGUAGAUUUUUGCAGAUGGUAUAGCUCCAAUCCUUCAACUACAUCAGUGUAGGGUGUUCCAUUUUGUUUUAUAAUUCAAGAAUACUUGCUUGCAUAAUUGUAUUUUAAUGAUUUUGAAAAUCUUGCUUUGACAGAUUUCAGUUUUCAUAGCUGCAAGACACUAGUCAAUGUGUGCAGUCAAACAGACUCAAAAGAUUAUUAGUCUGUUUCUGCUGGCAUUUUAAUGUUUAUGUAGUGAAAAAAGCUGGCAAGAGCCACACGUAUUAAUUACAUCUGUAGUAGGAAGAGAGAGACAGAAUUGUGACCAGCACCUGCUAAAGCUUUGGAACAAACUGUCUCUGCGUAUGUGUCAAAAUAGUAGCAUGCACAAAUUCAAAAAGAAGUACACAUCUGUAUGACAGAUGAAAAAUACAAACGGGAAACUCCUGAUGGCAAUUAGAUAUUUGUUUUUAAAACAAGAGUAAGGGAAACCCUUCUAUGACUACAGUGUUUUGAAAUGACAGGACUGAACAAGAUUUUUGUUGUAUUUGCACGAUGAGCCUUCUGAAAGAUCUGGUAGUCAUGUUCACUAUCACAUCAGUGGCAAAAUAUUUGUUAGAGAUGUUAGGCAUGCUCUCUAUACAGUAUGUGAAGACAGUGAUUCACUCUUACAGGAUGGAUGAAUGGAUGGAUCAUAGAGGGCCAGGUCGAAUGAAACAAGUAAACAAGAGACAUUAGAUGGUUUGUAACAUAAAUCUGCAAACAGAAUACUGACAAAAGCUGUUCAAAAACAGCUGAAAAGGGCUGUUUUACCAAGAAACAUGAGUUUUUUGGUGUUUGUUCCCAAGUACUGUUUCUUGCAAGAAAACAGUACUUUCAGGGAUGUUUGUGCAUAGGAUCAUUAUCUGAAGAAGUUUCUUUCAAUCAUCUGACCCACUGUCUGUACUUAGAGUAACGGGCAGUGUCUGUGCCUCUUUCAUCAGCCUAGUUUUUCAGAAGUUUUGAAUAAAUAACCAGUAUUACAAUGUAAUAUGCAUUAAUAAAGAAAAAAAGGAGGCUACUCUUCAACUAGCAAUAACUUGUUGAAAUUUGUGUAAAUUGCUGGAAUAAUGCUGAUCAUUCCCAUGACAGGCAGUUAAGUCUGUAAUCAUAAAUUAGAAUUACUAACAUUUUGUUCUAGGUCACACUUUUCUAUACAGUCUGCAUGAAUGUUGUACUGUACUUAACAAAGUGACUGAAGUUGACACGUCAUUGUGCACUUCAUACCCAUAAUGCUUCAUUUCACUGAGUAGUGAAUUGUGUUAACUUCAUUACCAUUUAAAUUCAGACUCCAGUUUGCUGUAUAUUGAUCCAUAUUUAAUAAUGUUCUAUCCACUAUAUUCUAUAUUUGUUGGUAGUAAAUUCAAAAACUAACUGCCUCUAGCCCAGAACUUCCAUGUUUCAGCCAUAAACCUGGCAAAAUACAAGCUACUGAAUUCCAUUCUUGAAGAAUACUUGAAUAUUUAAGCUUGAACUUGCUUGCCAAUGAACUGUAACAAUUUAUUUUUAUUGGUACAUCUCUAUGUGUAUUUUUCUGCUACUGUUGGUGCUUUACCUUUAUCUAUAUCGGUUUAUUUUUCUUUGAACUUUGAGUGUUGAUUCUCUCUUUAAAUGGUAAUUAUUUAACAGUGUCAAGUUUAUUUUGCAUGCAUCGAGCUGUUCAUUUUGGAUUUCCAUUAUAAAUAACAAUGCCUAGCUGGACAGACAAACAUACAUACAUUACAGCUGAAAAAAUCCUUUGUCUUAUCAUCAUGCUGAUUUCUCUUUCCUAGAUGUAUUCCCUCAGUCUAUCUUUAAAUCCUGCUAGACUGUCAGUUUUCUUUAUGUCAUCAGACACUCUCCUCCAAUUCCAUGGACUCAUCUCACAAAACCAGUGUACUACCGUGCAGCUGCAAUUUGAUUUCCUAUGAAACCUGAAGAUGCCAUCUUUUAUACCCGUGCCACCUUCCAUUCCUUUUAAUCCCAAGCAGUGCAAAAUUACUCGCACAUAAAGGCCUUUAUCAAGUCCCCUCUUGUCUUGUGCUACUCAAGGCUCUACUGCCCCUGCACGUUUAGUGUUUUGUGUUUCAUGCAGUUCUUCUUUCUAUUUCAGUCCAUAAUUAUAUUUGGUUUUAAAAGAUGCUCUCAUUGCUACACCCUCUUGUUCUUUACAAGAUUGUUAAAUACUGGAACAUACCAAUACCUAAAGACACUUGAUUUUAUAGACAUUAAGCCUAUUCCAGAUCUCUUUGUUAAGCAGCAUGUGCUAUUAACAUUAGCAUCAUUGUUUAAUUUAACACUGUAUUAAAUGGCAUGUCUUUGCAAGAUAACCCUAUUCCUAGCUGGUUACAUUUGUUCUAUAUGAAAGGAAUUUUUACCCUGUUCAAACUUUGUUUUAGGUUGUGGCAUAUACUGCUUAAUGUUGUUUUUGUUCUUACUCCCUCAUCUGAUGCAGUUAUUCCAUUUAUAUUUUCAUUCAUUUUCCAAUAACUGCUUUAUCCUUUUCUAAUGGUUAUGGGGUGCCACAGCUUACCUGGUAAGCAGUAGGAAUAAGGCAAAGAAACAAAAUCCUGUACUCAAUGCCAGUCCACUGCAGUAUGCACAUAUAGACAGUUCUAAGACCAAGUUAGAAAUUUGCUAGUUCAAAUCUUAGCAUAUAUUUAGAUGUUAUAGAAACCAGUGACCCUGGUAAAAACAGUCCAUGUGUACACAUGGAGGACACAUAGAUUCUGCAUAAAAGGACACCCAGACAGGGACUAAACUGAAGACUGAAGUACUGUAUGACAACAACACUAAUAGCUGUACCACUUUAUAUGGUUUUCAAAUUUAUUGUGAAUUGUCUUGUCCUAGUUUAUCAAUCUGUUGUGUAUUAACUGAAUAGCUAAGGCUCCCUGAGCCAUAACAACCCAACUACCGCUCAUAGCAUCUCUCUUAUUUUUCUAGCUUGAUCAUAUUCUGCACUAAGUCUUCGCUGAUUAUAUGGCAUGUCAAAAGUUCUGAUAUCCUAUUUUUGGUAAACUAUUACUUCCAAACAUUAUAGAGAAUUUUGGCGUAUGAGCAAAUAUUAUAUCAGUUUUCAUUUGUAUCAUAACUUUCCUACAUUCCUGUUCAAUAUGUGAUCUACUGUGGAAUGUUUUAUGUCUUUGUAGAAAGCACAUUUCUUGAUUUACUGUUUCUUGUACCAUACAAAACUAUCCUGCCUUCUUUAAUUUUGAGAUAUUUUAUCCCUCAUCCUGGAACACUGCUGUACUUUCUGCCAUUUCACUGUGCUAGCUCUAACUUUUCUUAUGUAUUCUGCUCAUCAUACCUUUCAAUUGCAUCGACAAUACCCUUCUGUCUUUUACAGUCCCCUGCUCAAAGCUGACAUUUUACGUACUUUGUCUUUUAUAGGUACAUGUCUUGCUCAUUUCAAUCUGCUGAGGAUUCUUUUCACCUUAUUGUCAUCAUUUAUAUACCUUCUAUGUUUUAUUGCUUUAGUUAAAUCUGUUAGCAAUAUUACCUUUUGCUAUCCAUUUCAGAUCUGCUAUAAUGUCACAAUUACUAUUACAUAAGAGGCAGUGGUGUCAUAUUCUGUAACUAUUACUCUUUUAUUUAUGCAUAGUAUGUCACAAGUAUUUUUACCUCUAAUUGGAUAUGUAUUUCUUACUAAAAUGACGACACUUCCUCUUGUAUCACAAAUGCUAUGAUUUCAGAUGAUGUGUGGUAUGUUUAAAUCACAGAUUUCAAUUACUUCACUCAGAUGUAUGUGUUGUGAAUAAAAAAAAAAUGCAUCAGAAUGUUUAAUUCUGUCC